GUUAAAAGUUGAAACAUAUUCUUCAGAACCAUCGUACAUGACAAAUUUUUAGACAACAUCCGGGCUACUAAGCCUGGUAUAUGUGUCAUGCUAACUGCCUUUCUAGUUGCUUAUUCUAUUUCUACCAUCAAAAAGAAAAUAAAAGAAAAGAAAAAGUCCACCUUCUUCACAAUCUAUCGAAACGUCAUCUAAAGUGUACCAAAAUAGGAAACCACAUAUAGUAAACGAACAGAUUAGGAGUGUUUUAAGACAGUGCUAAUCGAUUUGACCCUGAAAGGUGUGUCGUUUUGCCCUGGAAAGACAGACAGAGGAAGGGCACACACAAGAGUUCGUCUUGGCUGUUGUUGAGCAGUUUACAAAAAGUAUAGGUUAGAUGCGUAUAACAAUUACAUCCCACAUAAAUAAUCAUAUAGUUAUUUAGUUUAGCCAUAUAACUUUAUAUAUAACAAUGUCAUGCUGGGGAAUGUUUAUACGGAGACAAUACCAGUUCUCCUCGAUGUUAAAAUUGCAUCAACUCAACAUCCAACCAAUGUUUCAUCAGAGAGGUUUCCGUAAAACGACUGCUGUUAAGACAUAUGAUGUGAGAAAAGUGGAGUUGACGCCUCUGGAGCAGAGGAAACUCACGUUUGACUCUCAUGCGCUCGUGAAAGAGCUGGAAACCAGCGGCUUUGAAAAGAGGCAGGCAGAAGUGAUUGUCACAGCACUGGUGACUCUUACUACAGCCAAUAUGGACAUCGUAUACAGAGACAUGGUCACUGGAGCCCAUCAGGAAAUAGCUCUACAACAAAUCAUGGCUCAUCUAGAUGCUAUCAGGAAAGACAUGGUUAUCUUGGAGAAGAGUGAAUUUGCCAAUUUACGCUCUGAAAAUGCAAAAAUGAAAGCAGAGCUGGAGCACAUAAAGAACAGACUACUGGAAGAAAGCCAAAAAAUCAGAGCAGAUGCAAAGUUAGACAUUAAUUUGGAGCGAAGUAGAGUUACAGACAUGUUUACAGAACAAGAGAAGAAACUUAUGGAAGUUAGAACAGAGUUCCAAAAAAUGAAUGCAGAUAUAGAAAGUGAAGCCAUAGAAACCUCAAAGAAAAUAGACAUACAAGUUGCCUCUUUGAAAACCCUCCUGGAAUCACUCAAGCUAGAGACGAUUAGAUAUCUUGCAGCAUGCAUCUUCACCUGCUUGGCAAUUGCUUUGGGAUUCUAUCGCUUCUGGAAAUGAAUCUCACAAAACAGUAGAGAAUUAAUGUCUGGAGUUUUUAUCUUUAAAGUUCUGUCUUUUGUUUUAAUGAUACAGGUGUAUAUAUAUUUUAUUAUAUUUUUACAUUUCAAUAUUACGUUUUUUUAUGUGAGCAAAUGUGUUCUUUAAGUUUCUUUAGAUCUGAGGGGCCUAAAUGUUUAACUACGAAGGGCCAAAAAUCAAACUUGUUUGAGGUCCGUGGCUCGAAAAGUAAAUGUUGCAUUAUGUCCAAAUAUAUUAUAUUAAAAUAAAAAAAAUGCC